AUGGUUAAUAGAGACCAGGAUGCAGACGAAGUAAUUCAUAGGGUUAGGCGGGAAAACAUGAUGGAAAAUGACUUAACUACUAUGAUAGAGAGAAUCAUGGCCCAUAAUGGUCUGAAUACAGGACUUCGACGGCCAAAUUAUUCCUCUCCUUUAUCAGAAUAUGUCCUACAAACUAAAUUACCAAGGGGUUGUAAAAUCCCUAAGUUCACUAAAUUCUCAGGGGACACUAGUGAAUCCACUAUAGAACAUAUAGCCAGAUACAUGACUGAGGCAGGGGAUUUGGCGAAUAGUGAGAACCUAAGAAUGAAAUAUUUCCCUAGUUCUUUAAUGAAGAACGCCUUCACGUGGUUUACAACUUUGCCACCAAAUUCCAUAGCUACUUGGCCUCAUUUGGAAAGAUUGUUUCAUGAACAAUUCUACAUGGGCCAAACUAAGAUAAGUCUUAAAGAAUUAGCCAGUAUCAAAAGGAAAUUCACUGAACCUAUAAAUGAUUAUCUGAAUAGGUUCCGUUUGUUGAAAUCUAGAUGCUUUGCAAUAGUGCCUGAACACAAGUUGGUCGAAAUGGCCGCUGGAGGUUUAGACUACUCCAUCAGGAAAAAGUUGGAUACCCAGUAUCUAAGAGAUAUGGCCCAAUUAGCAGACAGGGUUCGACAGGUCGAACGCUUAAAAGCUGAAAAGGCCAGAGCGAAUAAGAAUUAUAAUAAAGAGAGGGUUGCUUAUGUAGAAUUCGAAGAUGGGGAGUCUGAAAUCCCUAAUGACCCUUAUGGUCUUGAGGAAUUCGAAGUAGAUUUGGCUGAAUUAAAAGAAUCACCACCUUAUGCCUUAAAAGAUGGCCAAAUGAUAGUGCCUCCUAAUACCAAAAUUCCUCCGUUAGAACAACGAAAGAAAAGAGGCUUCUGUAAAUAUCACAAUUUUUUAGGCCAUAAAACCUCACAAUGCUUUCUUUUCAGGGAUCUUAUUCAGAAUGCAAUUAAGGAUGGCCGCCUCAAGUUCGCUAACAAGGGAAAAAACCAGAUGAAGGUUGACGCUGAUCCCCUCAACAUUGCUGACACAAAUUAUGCUGAACCUGUCGAAAUCAACAUGAUUGACAUAUGA